AUGCAAGUUGACGUUGAAGCUGCACUAUCAUCUACUAUUAUGUCACAUUCCGACGUUGAGUUAGUAUCUCCCUUUGGACGGAUACGACUCGCCCCUCCAACUCCUCAAGAGGAUGUAGCCGUUUCCAUCCUCCGUUCCGAUCCCAUAUCUCGGAAAUAUCUUCGCUUUAUGCCGGAGCAGAUCUCCGUCGCCGAAGUUGCAGCACGUCGAGAAUCGCGCGCCAAAGAUCCUCGCAUCCUCGAUCUCUACGCGUACAUCGUAAACGAAGAUGGUUCAUCGCGCUUUGUGGGCUUGUCAGGGGUGUUCAAUAUUGACGAAGUAAAUGGAUCGUGCGAGGCUGGUAUCCUCGUUUCUCCUGAACUACAUGGGAAGGGCACUGCGACGGAGAUUUUAUAUACAUUGUUGAAAUACGUAUUUGAGGAACGGAAGUUUCACCGGACUACUUUCGAGACGGGGGUUGAUAAUGUCAACAUGGGGGGUUGGUUGCAGAACGUUGCUGGAGUGAGGCUAGAAGCUGAACGAAAGGAGUGUUGGAAAGAAGGAGACGGGAAGUAUACCGACGUGCAUAGCUAUGCUAUUCUGGAAUGGGAGUGGGCUGAUAGGAUCAAAGCAAGGCUGGAGGAGCGGAUAAGAGCACGGGCAUCGUCGUGA